UCGUCCCGAGCCAGUAUUCAGCACAGUGCCGCGGCACUGUCGAGUUUGCAUCUCUCGUCUUCCAGGCAGUCAAGUCACCGAAGAUGGUGCGCUCGCAGCAACAAGUGCCACACUCCGGUGGGCCUGAAGGCCACGAUACCACGCAAGAGUUGAGAUAUCCUGACAUUCCGUUCCCUCCUUCACCUAUACAGCAACUCCCGCUCUCGCUCGCGCUAGACAAACAAGUCGUAUCCGAUACUCACCGAUCAUCCGCCUUCGUACCCAAUCUGGCGAAUGACCUUUUCCCGAAGGCGUCGUUCGCUAUCACCCCCAACGCCGUAGUCAAACUCUGCGAAAAGUAUUUCUACGAUCUCACCAACUGGAAAUGGCUAUACUACCCCGAUUUUUCGAAUAGCGCAGACCGCAUCGAGCGCGCCUCCGCGACGGCCAGCUUCCUGAACAAGCUCACACGCAUCAGCUGGCUUCUGUACGGAGACAAUCGACACCCUCUGCCUAGCGUCCCACGUCGGUGGUCUGUAACUCAAAGUUCUCGACUGCUUGUGGACGGGAGCAAAGUCGCGUCAUGUGGGCUUGCGUUGGUCGACGCAGGUUCCGCCGAUCUGCAGUGGAGCCAUAUACUCUGCGACGUGCAGAUUGAGUCUACCUUGAAGGGCAUCUCGAGAGCUGUCCAGAAGCUCACUACUGGUGCCGCGCACAUCUUCGCCACGCAAGAACACCGUCUAUUUCAUCUCGGGCUCGCUCUUGCAGGCGACACCUGUCAAUUGGCGUACUUCGAUCGUGCUGGUCGUGUUCUCUCCCCCAAGUUCAACGUGCAUAAGCACUGUGUACUCUUUGCGCGGGUCAUCAUGGGCUUGACAGUCCUUGAUAAAUCCUUUCUGGGUUUUGACCCCAAUGUCAUCCUGCGAGAAGGUCGGCGCUUCCUCAAGGUUAGCCAACAGGAAUACGAGAUUUUGGAGACAAUACACAUCAAGACGACUAUGCUAGGACGCGGGACUGUCUGCUGGCGCUGCCGGUGCCCGGAUGAUGACGAAGACUUUGUCAUCAAAAGCGUGUGGGUGGACGAAAGAGAGGGUGCCGAAGAAGGGGAGCUCCUGAUGGGCGUACAGAUGGUCGCGCAGCUGAGGACUGAAUCCGACGAGCUCGUCCUGCGUCCGGACGGCGAGCCGUACACGACAGUGCGCGUGCGUGAAUCGCGUCAGGGAAAGAAGCGCUCCAUUGUCCCCUAUUAUGUCCCUCGCCUGGUGCUUCGCCGCAUUGUUUUUCAGCCGUACGCACGACCACCCAGGGAUUUCUCGUCGAAGGAAGAGUUACUUGAGUGGAUGCUUGAUGCGCUGCAAGAGCACGAAGCGGUCUACGAGGAUCUGCACUUUCUUCAUGGCAACAUCAACGACGAUAACAUCAGGGCCUACACUGAACCGGGUUCGUCGAGGCCGCGAGGGAUGCUCAUUGACUUCGCCAGCGCCGUCUCCGUAAGCGGGCAGCCCGCUACCGGAUCGGCCAACGAGGGAGGGGGAACAUUACCGUUCACAGCUUGCGAUAUACUGCUUUUUCCGCGCCAGAGCGAGCAUGGACCAUGGCACGAUUUCGAAUCAUUUCUCUAUGUCCUUAUGAUCAUCUGCGCCACCUGCUCCGGUCCCUCGAGCACCCCUCGCCAGGGCUUCGACAUCCGAAAGUCGCCGAUGGCGCCUUGGUACACCAGCGACGGCAACCGCAAGGCCGACAUCAUGUACCUCUACAGCGACGCCAAAUUCCGCGCCUUCCUCAACCGCACCUUCGACCCCUACUUCGACGACUUGAAAGACAUCGUCUGCGAGCUGCGCACCCUCAUCAUGUUCAGGAAAUACAGGCAGAUCACGCACCUCGAUGUCAUGACGGUCUUCGACAACCACAUUCGGGCCCGGCGGGCGAUUCAGGCGCACGCGGCGAUCGCGUCCAAGCAGGCUUCCCCGGUCGCCAGCAAGAAACGUAACUGCAGGAAGAGGCGCACAGACCCUUCUCCCUCGUCCUCACCUGCCCUCGACGCCCCGGCGGGUCCAACUCAUGGCAUGACGACGAGGGCGAAGUCGCGCGCAGCGCCGCCUCGGGGGCCAUCCCUCGCCAGCAACAAACCAAACCUUACUCGGAUUCUGACACCCUCGCGGCGCAAGACGCGCGCGUCGACGGAGCACGCCCAGUUCGAUCAGGCGGGGAUGGCGACAGCGACUCGUGCUGCGAAACGACGAAAAAUGGUGUAGUGUACUGCUUUUUUCAGCGUCUCCACGUCGGGGUCAGCCGCCUUGGACGCUCGCUGCAGCCCAGAACCCUGGCCACGAAGGAUUAUCACCGAUUCAGCUAGGCGCAAGCGCGGCCUGUUCCAAACUGUACUUAUUGUCAACUGAUUCAAUGGGAACAUACAUACCAUUGAGCGCGAUAUAUAUGACUUCUUCCUGUUGCAUGUCUCGUGGAAUGUCACGCGCUGCG